AUGUCUCGCUGUACGACCUCACGUCUGGUGCUUCCCCCCCCUGAUGCUGAUGCUGAAGCUACUGUGCGCUCGCGCUGGAACACCCGCGAUGCUGCUGCCCGCCUUGCUGUGCGUAGUCACCUGCCGUCUGCUGAGCGUGCGCACUUCACUCAGUUUAAGACCGCUAAGACCCUGUUCGAUGCUGUCGUUGCGCGCUACUCCUCCCCUGCCUCUGCUGCCCUUAGCCGCCUCAUGCUCCCCUACCUUUUCCCUGACCUCGCCGCCUUUGCUACAGUCGCUGACCUCAUUACACACCUCCGCACUAGUGACACUCGCUACCGCGCUGCGCUUCCUGCUGAGUUCUGCGCCAAGAACCCCCCCCCCCCCCCCAUGUAUAUCACCCUCUACUACCUAGUCACCCGCCUCCCUGACUCCCUUCGCUCAGUCAGGGACCACUUCCUGGCACUCUGCCCCACCACUCUUACCGUUGACCUCCUCGAGGAGCACCUCCUUGCAGUUGAGAAGAGCAUAUUGCCUCUGCUGCUGCUGUCGACCUCCUUGGCACUGAGUCGGUCGGCGCUGCGUCUGCCCCUGGCGGGAGGCGCCGCAACAGCAAGGGCAAGGGAGGCAAGGGUGCUGGAGGAGCUGGCGGGGGUGGUGGUGGUGGUGGUGGAGGCGGCCGGGGGGGUGGGGGUGGAGGUGGGAGUGGGGUCGGAGGUGGGGGCUCUAGUGGCGGCGGUGGAGGCGGAGGCAGCGGCAGCGGCGGCGGUGGGAGUGGAGGAGGUGGCGGUGGCGGCGGUGGCAGUGGAGGAGGCAGUGGCGGUGGUGGCGGUGGCGCUGGUCGGGGUGGCUCCGUGCAGGGGGGAGGCUCUGGUGGUGGACAGCGUCAGCAGCAGCAGCGCUCUCGUGCGGCCCUGCCGCCCCAGCAGCUUCACCAGUGACACCGACCAGCGCUGCUUCGGCCGCCUGACAGACGCCUGGCGUAUCCGGUUCCCUGACGCCACUAAGCUACAGCACUGGCAUGAGCUACUUAGGUCGGGGGUUCCUAUCUUUGAUCUUGACUAUGAUGCUAUUCUUGCUGCCAUGUAUGUUAUGUCUACUAGUGAUGACGGUGACUGUUACCUGAGUGUUCCGCCCGACCCGGGCGGUGCAGCUGCUGCUCUAGGUGCCAGUGAGUCUGCUGCUCCAGGUGCUAGCGAGUCUGCUGCUCUAGGUGCUAGUGAGUCUGCUGCUCCAGGUGCUGGUGAGUCUGCUCUCUCAGGUACCACGUCUGCUCAGGCGUCGCACACUUUCACCCUUGACUCGGGUGCUUCCCGCUCCUUCUUUCGAGACCGCACCACUCUUACGCCGCUCAGUCGGCCGGUUGCGGUCUCCCUGGCAGACCCCUCUGGGGGUCCUGUCCUUGCUCACUACUCCACUGUCCUGCCGUGUCCAGCGGUCCCGUCUGGCUCCCUGUCGGGUCUUUACCUCCCCUCGUUCUCUACGAACUUGGUGGCGGGUGCUGACCUACAGGAUGUUGGAGUUGACCAGUUCACUCCUGCGCGUCAGCGGGUGACCCACUGCACGUGUGCUGACACGGGCCGACACUUGGCCACGUUUACUCGUCGGCCGGGGUCGAGCCUGUACACACUGACUACCGAGUCUCCGCCGGUUGCUGUUCCUGGUCAGGUAGCUGCGUCGGGUCAGGUGUUUGCUGCAGCGUCUCGGUCUGGUCCUGAGUCUGCCCCCUGCUCGUGUCGCCUCCUGUCCCACGAGACUCUUCUCUGGCACCACCGUCUUGGUCACCCCUCCUUGCCUCGUCUUCGAGGCAUGGCCUCUCGUGUCCUUGUCUCUGGUCUCCCCCGGUCCCUCCCUCCCCUCCCUCCGGGGCCUGCCCCUACCUGCGUUCCCUGCGUCGAGGGGCGGCAGCGCGCCGCUCCUCACUCCUCCGAGUUUCCGCCGACAGAGGCUCCGCUGCAGACUCUUCACAUGGACGUGUGGGGCCCAGCCCGCGUCCGUGGACAGGGUCACGAGCGCUACUUCCUGCUGGUGGUUGACGACUACUCGCGUUACACCACAAUCUUCCCCUUGCGCCGCAAGGAUGAGGUCACUGAGGUGUUGAUCGACUGGAUCCGCGCUGCUCGUCUCCAGCUCAGGAAGAGUUUCGGCUCGGACUUUCCUGUUCUGCGUCUGCACUCUGACAGGGGUGGAGAGUUUUCCUCCGGCCCACUGCGAGCCUUCUGUCGUGCGAGGGGCAUCCGCCAGACAUUCACGCUUCCGGCCUCUCCGCAACAAAAUGGGAUUGCUGAGCGCCGCAUUGGCAUGGUCAUGGAUGUCGCUCGCACGUCCAUGAUCCAUGCGGCUGCUCCCCAUUUUCUGUGGCCGUUUGCGGUUCAGUACGCGGCGCAUCAGAUCAACCUUCAGCCCCGGGUCUCCAUGCCGGACACCUCCCCCACUCUGAGGUGGACGGGGCAGGUUGGCGAUGCGUCUGCGUUUCGUGUCUGGGGAUCUCGGGCUUUUGUCCGAGACUUGUCUACGGACAAGCUGUCCUCCUGUACUGUUCCCUGCGUCUUCCUUGGCUUCCCCCCUGACGCGCCUGGUUGGCAGUUUUACCACCCCACCUCGCGCCGUGUUCUGUCCUCUCAGGACGUCACGUUUGACGAGUCGGUUCCGUACUACCGUCUCUUCCCCUACCGCGCUGCCCCCCUUCCCCCCCCGUCGCUCUUCCUUACGCCAGGUCCCCCCCCGGUAGACCCCCUCCCCCCUCAGGGUCCUGCUCCUUCAGGUGUGUCUCAGGUAGACCCCCUCCCCUUGGCUGAGCCUUUGGAGGUCACUUCCGACACCUCUGGCCCACCUAAGGGGAGUGACGCUGCUGCUGACGCCCCGGCGGCCUACCGCCGCGCACCACGCUUGGAGACCCCUCCGGGUUUCCCGCCGCGACCUUCUUCGCCGCCUCUGCAGCCGGUUCCUGUUGACUCUGGUGCUGUUGGGGGUGGUGCUCCUGGAGGUGCUGCGUCUGGGGGUGCGGAGUCUGGGGGUGCUGAGCCUGCGCGUGAGGAGACUGGAGGUCCUGCGCCUGGGGGUGCUGUGUCUGGGGGUACUGAGCCUGUGUGUGCGGAGUCUGGGGGUGCUGAGUCUGGAGGUGAGACGCUUGAGGGUACUGGGACUGCUGGUGCGCGGCCUACUUGGAGUGGCCGCCUUCGUCCGCGUGUGCCUCUCACCACUCAGCAGCUGCACGACUGGUACGGUCGCCGUCAGCGUCGCGCUGCUGGAGCCCGGGGCUCUGCUGCUGGGAGUGCUGGAGCUGCUGGGGCUGGGGGUGCUGCGCCUGGAGGUGCCGUUGCUGGAGACACUGAGGCUGGCGACCCUGGGACUGGAGGUGCUGGUUCUGGGGGUGCUGCUGCGGGAGACGCUGCGGUUGGAGACCCUGGGACUGGAGGUGCUGGUUCUGGGGGUGCUGCUGCGGGAGACCCUGCGGUUGGAGACCCUGGGACUGGAGGUGCCGGUUCUAGGGGUGCUGCUGCUGGUGACGCUGGUUCUGGUGGUGCUGCCACUGGAGGUACCGGUUCUGCGACUGGAGCUGCUGGAGCUGCUGGAGGCACUGGAGCUACUGGAGUUACUGGAGACCCUGGGGCUACUGGAGACAGGUAG